GCAUUUUGCAUGAAAUUGACAUUUCAUGAAUAUGUGGUUAUGUAGUGGCAUUGUAACCUUAUAUAUAUGCAAAUUAUCAUGACAUUCUGCCAUAAAUAGUGACAUUGUAUGCAUAUCUGUUAGGUUGAACCCAAAAUAGCAUCACAUUGACUGAGAAAUUGAGAACUAAUGACAGUUUAGUUGGUUUUUAUGAGCUCAUUUGGUGGCAUUUUGUAUUACAGUGUGAUUUCUAUUAGUCAUUUUGUACAUGGUGAUUAAAAUGCCUAUAUUUGUGUAAUCUUGACAGACAAUAACAAGAGCAUUUAAGAAAUCAGUGUUGGUGAUGUUGGAAGACUUGCGUGUCAACUCCUACUGCAAUAUUACUGAGGUUCUUAGGAAAAUAAGGACAUAUCUAAGCAAAGAGGAAUUGACAGAGUUUAGCAAUACUGUCUUUGGUUGGAUGUUAAGAAUAGAAGACAUGCCUUGGCUUAGUGGACAAUUGCUUUUGGGAUUGAUUGGAAACUUUGUGACUGAAGUUAAUGGAAACACAGAUAACAGUGUCAUCAGGUUUCACAUUAAAGACAGUGUCAUCAGUUUUCAGAAGCAUGAUUUGGCAAUAAUGUGUGCUUUAAAGUUUGGAGCUGUGAAGCCAAAUAUUUCAAAGGAGCUUCAGGGAGAUAUAUGGACAAAUUAUUUAGGAUCCAAGACAACUGUGACUCGUGCAGAUAUUCAGAAUGCAUUGAAGAGUUACAAGAGCACUAAUGAGAGCAGACUGACAAAGGAUGGAGUGAAACUGGCACUGCUAUACAUACUGUCACAUUGCUUGUUUGGCAAUCAAACUGCUAGACCAAUGAAGGCAUACUACAUAAACCUAGUUAAUGAUUUGGAUGCAUUCAAUGCUUAUCCAUGGGGUGAUGACGUUUGGGAUGAUUUAGUUAACAAGGUGAAGCAGAGUUGUGAGGCACUAGAUAAAGGAAAAGGAGAUCGAGUGACAUUCCCUGGCUUCAUGGUGGCAUUCCAGUGGUGGGCAUUUGAAACAUUUCCUGGUUUAGCAAAGGCUGGUUUGUGCAAGGUCAUGAAUGGGACUGAACACAUCAUGCCAAGGACUCUAAAGUGGGAAUUUAAAAAAAAAACCUACACUAGAGGUGCUUUCUGAAAUUAUAUUCAAGAAUGAUAAGUUUGAAUGGAUGCAGAUUGUACCAACUGCAGAUGAGAUUGCUAUGAUUGAAGAAGGAAAUGAAAUAAAUGAGGAGGUGAUGCACCUUGUCAUCAACAAUGUUGGCCGAGUUGAUGCUGAAAAGCCAAAAACUAUUGUAGCAAAAGGGAAAGAAAAGGUGAUGCAGCCCAGAGCAAGCAAAGGAAAAACAACAAAAGGAAGGAAGGGAACUGGUAAAGCAAUCAAAUCUCAAGAAGGACCUUCUAAAAGAAGAAAGCAGGCUAGGGUGGAGCAAGAGAGUGAUGAUGACUCAAGUGAGCAAAAAAGUACUGAAGGAGAAGAGACUGAGAGUGAUGAUUCUACUGACGGUGGACGUGAUGGAGAGAAAUAUGUAGUUUUCAUGAGCAAAGACAGCAAGAGUCUCAAAAAAAGCAUGAGAAAACAAGCCAAAGAGAUUGCCAGAUUAGUGGCAGAAAUGAAAAAUAUUAAGAAGACUCAGCAAAAGCAAGAGGCUCUUAUUAAAGAUGUCAUUCUGAUGCUCCACAAAAUGUCAAAGGGUGUUGAGAAGAGUGAGCCUACAAUAGCAAGUGCAAAGGGUGAUAUCGAUGAAGAAGAAAGUAAAGAAGAAGAAGAAGAAAAUGUUAAUGGAAAAGAAGAUGAUGGGUUUGCCGUGACAGGGCAAGAUUCUGAGAAUGAUGAGGAGCAUGAGAUGAAGGAUGAUGAUGUUGUUGAUAUGCAUGAGGAGACUGAGGAUGGUGUUGUACAGAAUGAGGGUGAGAAUCUAACCAACAAGGAUGGUGUUGUAGAGAAUGAGGAUGUUGGUAUAGAGAAAAAGGAUGCAAAUGUUGAGAGUGACGAUUCAGGUGUGAAUAAGGAAGCUAAUGCAAAGACUGAGGACUCUAAAGAAGAGACUGAGAAUGCUGGUGGUGUUCCUGUAGACAAAAAUGAAAAAGAAAUGCAAGAGAAGAACACUGAAGAAGAACAAGAAGCUUGUGACAUGCCUACGUUUAACAUAUUGACUCAGUCUCAAGGUAGUGAGAAAAAAAAAGAAGACACUGUGAAAAUGCAAGAGGAGGGACUAUCUGCACAAGAAAAUAAAAAUGACACUGCUGAAUCUGGUUGGGGUAUGGGGUCACAGGACAAUAGUCAGUUUAUCCUAGAGAUGUGCAAGAGUGCAGAUGAAGUGGCAAAAAAGGCUUUUGAGAGCUAUUCUUCUAAUCCAUGCAGAGCAAUUAUAGUAAAGCCUGACCAGGAGGAUCUUCCCAAACAAAAGCGUUUUGCUAGGUCACCAGUGAAGUACACUCCAUCUGAGCAUUCAGCAAAGAGGAGGAAAAGAGAAAAGGGUAAGAAAAGAGCUGAUGAUGAAUUUCUGCCUCCACUCAAGGAAGUAGUUGGACCUUUCACAGAAGAUCCAACAGAGAGCCCACCAGAUCAUGAAAUAGAGAGGGUGAGAGAAUACCUCAAAGUUGGAUUGUUGAAGAAGUUUCAAAAAAGCAAAAAUCCUAGAAGGUACACAAUGGAUGAAGACAAAAUGAUUCAGAAGCCGUUCUUGCUAGACUGUAUGAAAGUUGAAUCAAAAACAUGGUUGUAUGACAUGUUUAUGAAUCAUGAAUGGAUCACUGACAAGGUACAUG